AUGAAGGUGGCCGCUUUGUCCCUCGGCCUCUUUGCUGCAGGUGCGCUCGCCUCUUCCAACGAUAACUCGAAGUGCAAAUGCUUCCUGGACGACACAUGCUGGCCGUCAAGCAGAGAAUGGAGCCAACUCAACCAGACAGUUAGUGGUAGGCUCAUCGCCACAACCCCGUUGACUGAGGCGGGCCAUGGAAAAGCUUCGACGAGGCCGCUUGUACCUAUCUCAAGUCUUAGUGGCAGCCCCCGGACAUCCAUUAUGGCCCCGUUCUUUGCCAACCAGAGCCUCGACCCCUUUACUGCAGCGCCCAAGCCUUGCACGCUCGGCAACUACGUCCGAUAUGCUGUUGAUGUGUCGUCCGCCAAUGAUGUGAACGCCACUAUCAAGUUUGCCAAGGCCAAGAACAUACAUUUUGUUAUCCGCAACACCGGGUACGGCUACCUUGGCCGGUUGACAGGAGCCGGCGCUAUCUCCACGCGGAACGACAAGAACUACAGAGACACUGCCGUCAAGAUCGGCGCCGGUGUCCAGGGCUACGAGAUUCUUGCAGCUGCCAAGGCCAAGGACGUUCCCGGCACCGUCGGCGCCGCAACAGUCUCCUUCUUCAUUUCCAACAACCCAACCGACACCUUCUAUGCCGGCAUCGACGCAUUCCACGCCGCUCCCGGCCAUGUUUACCUCAGCCGCCACCGAGUCUGCCAGCUACUGCGACCACUACAACACGUUCUUCGGCCCCCUGCCGACUGGAAGAUGGCUGCGAACCAGAAGUUUAUGACCGAUGACAUCAUGCAGUUCAUCGAGAAGGUGACCCCUAGCUCCGGCGCGUACAUGAACGAGGCUGACUUCCAGCAGCCGAACUUCUAGAGAGAAUUCUUCCAACUCAAUUACCCUGCGCUCUUGGCCAUCAAGUCGAAGUACGACCCGGACAGCUUCUUUUACGCCACGAAGGCUGUUGGCAGCGAGAGGUGGAGUAUCAAGAAUGACGGCCGCCUUCGCGCAGUCUCAAGGUUGAUUCCGACAACGGCAUUUGAAGAAAGGAACAACCUGCCCCUGGAUUAGUGUGGAAGCAAAUUUGCUGGGUAUUGUACAUACAUGAAUAAAUAAAUAAGGCAGAUACCAAUCCCUUAGCCGUAAUCUUAAU